AUGAAGAAAUUAUCUCGAAAGGAAAUUGAAGAGAAAAAGAAAAGAGAAGAGGAUGAAGCAGCGGCUAGUGUAUAUAAAGAAUUUGUCGAAACUUUCCAGAAUCCUCAAUCGUCGGCAGUAUCAAAGACAUGGGUGAAAGCUGGAACUUAUGACGCUGGUACACGAAAGGAAGACAAUCGAGACAAGGGAAAACUUUACAAACCCAUGCCAAAAAACUUGGAAACUGAAAACAGAAGCUCAUCAACAGAUCAAGAGCUUUCUAAGCCCCAUGCAUUCGAUAACAAAAAAGACCUUUCAGCUCACAAAAAGAAGCCUCAAGAAAAGAAGAAAUCAAAUCUGGAACUUUUUAAAGAAGAAUUGCGUCAAAUGCAAGAAGAGAGAGAAGAGAGACAUAAAUAUAAGCACGUUGCUCGAUCAAUGGUGCAAGCAUCAGUUCAUAAUGUCCUCGAACAUCCAGAACCGAUUUAUCGUGAAGUACAAGCUGAUACUCCGGGUAGCUUCGAUAAUGGCGAUCCCAAUACAACAAAUUUGUAUUUAGGAAAUUUAAAUCCAAAAAUUACUGAACAACAAUUAAUGGAGUUGUUUGGAAAAUACGGAGCACUUGCAAGUGUUAAGAUAAUGUGGCCUCGUUCAGAAGAAGAAAAAUCUCGUGGAAGAAAUUGUGGAUUUGUUGCUUUCAUGGCUAGAAAAGAUGCCGAACGUGCUCUUCGAGGAUUAACUGGAAAAGAUGUUAUGGGAUAUGAAAUGAAAUUGGGAUGGGGCAAGGCAGUUCCAAUAAUGGCUCAUCCCAUUUACAUUCCACCUGUCCUUCAUCAAUAUGCAAUGCCACCGAAACCUUCAGGACUUCCGUUCAAUGCACAACCACUCGGUGACAUUACAAAUCUUAAGGAAAUUGAUUUAAAAGCUUACAUGAAUGACACUGAAAAAAAGGCUGAAAUUGAUGAGAUUUUAUAUAAGUCAGUUGUGAAAGUUGUCAUACCAACAGAGCGACCACUUCUCAUGUUGAUUCAUCGGAUGAUUGAAUUUGUUAUUCGUGAAGGUCCAAUGUUUGAAGCUAUAAUUAUGAAUCGUGAGAUUAGCAAUCCAAUGUAUAAAUUUCUUUACGAUAAUGACAGUCCAGCUCAUAUUUAUUAUCGAUGGAAGUUGUUUUCACUUCUACAAGGCGACACAACAACAGAAUGGCGUGAGAAAGAGUUUCGAAUGUUCAAAGGAUCUUCCAUAUGGAAACCACCGCAAUUAAACUUCUUCAACCAGGGCAUGCCAGAAGAAUUAAUUUCAGAUGAUGAGUCAGAUGAGCCUAAUAAAGGCCAACUUUCGAUUGCGCAAAGAAAUCGCCUUGAAGAUUUAAUUCGGCAUUUAAAUCCAGAAAGAAUGAAAAUCGCUGACGCAAUGAUUUUUUGUAUUGAACAUGCAGACGCUGCUGACGAAAUUUGUGAAUGCAUUGCAGAGUCAUUGAUGAAUGUUGAAACAGCCAUUCAUAAGAAAAUUGCAAGAAUUUAUCUCGUCUCUGACAUUCUACACAACUGUACAGUUAAAGUUCAGAAUGCGAGCUUUUUCAGAAAAUCAAUGGAGAAGAAUUUGAUUGAUAUGUUUAAGGGUCUCAAUGAAAGCUACAAAUCGCUAGAGAGUAGAUUGAAAGCUGAAGGAUUUAAAGUUCGAAUUAUGAAAAUAUUUCGUACAUGGGAAGAAUGGGCAGUUUACAGUCGCGAUUUCUUAAUAAAACUUCAAAAUACGUUUCUUGGGUUAUCAACGAAGGAAGUUAAAGAUGAAGGUGGAGAGAAUGUUGAUGGCGUGCCAUUGUCAGAUAAGGAAGAUGAAGAGUUAGAUGGAGUUCCACUUGAUGGGGCCGCAUUAUUAAAAGGUGCUUUAAUGCGUGGAAUACCAACACCUGAAAGAGAAGAGCAUAGCGAUUAUGAUGAUGACAUUGAUGGCGUGCCUUUGGAUGAAAACAUUGAUGGUGUUCCAUUGGAAACAAGCGAAACAGAAAUAGUCACUGGUGGUUUUGUUAAGUCAAAAUGGGAAGAGUUGGAUCCGCAACAGGUGGCCCACCAAGCGAUAACAUCAAAAUGGGAACUUCUUCAAGAACCACCAGUCGCCCCUGAACCUCCGAAAAUAUCGUCAAUUUGUAAUUAUGGUGAAAGCAGUGACAGCGAUGAAAAUUCUAAAAGUGAUGAUGAAGAGAAAAGAAGAAAAUUACGUGAAAUUGAAGUUAAAAUAUUAGAAUAUCAGGAUGAGAUAGAAUCAGGAGAACGUAAAUUAAAAUCUGGAUGGACGGUAAGACAACAAGUUGAACAUUUUAGAAGAAAAUUGCUGAGAAAAGCUGUGAGACAUGAUUCAGAUUCACAAUCUGAUCGUUACACCUCUUCUUCGUCUCGUCGAGAUAUUGAAGUAAAUGAACGAAAGUCGAAGAGAUCAAGAAAAUCGUCAUCAUCAGAAAGAGAAAAAUAUCAGCGGUCAAAGCGAUCUCGAUCAAAUUCACCUGCAACAUCAAAGACAAAACAUCGACGUGGUCGAUCAAGAAGUCCAUCAGUCUCACCACCCAGAUCAUCUCGAAGAAAAUCACGAUCUCCAUCACCUAAGAAAUAUUCUCAUAAAACAUCAAAGCACAAAUACUAAAAAUGAAUACUUUGAUUUUAACAAAAAUUGUGUU